UUGAAAGAACUCCCAGAGUCCCAAUUCAUCGAAGCUAUAGGGAAAGCACGCAUGGGUGAAACUGAGAAAUAUAUAAAAGAAUUAGACUCCAGCAGGAAGAAACAUCCAAUUCUACAAGAUAAGGGAAAAUUCAAUAUUAUCACUGAUGCAUUGAGGUCGGUUAAUGGGCAAAAAACAACUUUAAUAUCUAUUGACUUGGAAGCAUUUGAAAGAAAUACAGAAAUCGUUACAGAGAUUGGUAUUUCGAUUUAUGACCCAGUGAAAGAGGCUACAUCUUUAGUGCCUUCCAUUAUCAACAUUCACCUAAUAUUAAAAGAGACUAUCAAAUUAAGAAAUGGUGCUUUUGUUCAUGACCAUAAAGAUAACUUCUUGGGUGGAAGUUCAUUGGUUGUUUCCAAAAAGACAGCUGUUGAUUUGAUUGAAUCAGUGUUAGAGUUUUAUUGUGUUCAGCGUAAAGCACAGGGUUAUGAAGCAGCUUUUGUUGGUCAUAAUUUGAGUGGUGAUUUAAAUUGGCUAAAGAAAUUAGGUGUUCAUUUACCUCAAAACCCACAUAUUUUAGAUACUGAAAAAGUUUAUUCAGCAUCUCACGGAUCACAGGGGAACUCUCUAGGUGCAAUUUUGAAGAGAUUGCGUAUACCUCAUAGUUUUUUACAUAAUGCUGGUAAUGAUGCUUAUUUCACUUUGAUUGCCCUCUUGAAGUUAUCAGAUCCUCAUUGCAGAAGAACUGAAAAAUUGGAU